AUGGGUAUGAAGGAAUUGGCUGGAUCCAUUCAGGCAUUCGAUCGAGAAAUUGAGAGAUUGAGACAACUGGAGAGCGAACUCUCAACUCCACGAAAACCGGUGCCCAAAAAGAAGAUACAAGAAGAAAUUGAAAGAUGGAAUUGCAAGAAUGAUGGGUUCGUCACUAACAUCAGUUUCUACGAUAACAAUUCCCAGGAAUUCCUCCGUGGAAAUGCAACAUUAAGGGAGCAGUAUGAAAAGUGGGUUACUCAUUUUGAAGAAGGAUUUUCAGAAAAAUGGAAUUUCAGUUGA